CGGAUAUGUGUGUGUGUGUUACCUGCGCUUUGUCCUCCUCCAUGAACUGAAUUCAUUUAAACAAGCAAAACGCUUCAUCUUUCUCAUUGGCACCCACCUGCUAGGGAAAUGGAAAGAAGAACAAGACAGGGAGCAGAUCUGGGAGCAAAAUAACCAGGUAACGCAGGAAUAUCAUCUCACUGUGAUGAGGAUGCAGAUCCUGAAAACUAGGAUGCUUCCAGAAAAACAGUUCUAGUACUAAUGGCAGCUGAGACCCCUUUCUGGGACUGGAAACAACCCUUUAUAACCCUUGAUGAGAUGCUUUCAGGCCAGUGGUUUUUGGAAGGGCUCAGUCGCCUACAGAGCCAGUCAUCCCUGGAUCCCACAGCUGGCGUGAUGCUACAGGCCCUCUACGACUAUCAGUAUAAGUCUGAGGAUGGGAGGCGGGUGUCCAUUUUGGAAGGCGAGCUCUUCCAGCUCAUGCACAAGUCUAACGACGACUGGUGGCAAGUGCGUCGUCUUGGUCAACACAAACAAAAGCGACCCAUCUUUGUGCCUGCCUCCUAUGUCACUGAACUGCCCCCUGGUAUGAGGGCAGCCCCACAACAAAACAACACAUUGCAUCCUGGCAUCUGCACAGAGCAAGAAAUGGUGUCUUAUUCUAUGGAGGACCUGUACAUAGAAUCUCACCCACCGUCUUUCCACACAAGGCUCAUGGCCUGCCGUAGUCUCCCUCGGACUAUGAUGGGAUCUCAUCACUUGUUGCUUAGCAGAAGCCGUAGCACGAGUGUCUUGUCCCAGAGAAACAGGAUGGAUAGAAAGCAGGAACAAAGCUCAGAGGAAGAUGUAGUGAUACAGGCAAACAACGAAGAGAUGCUGGGCGAUACUCACCUGCCUCACCCUGGUCCUCAUAAGGAUACGCCUCCAAUAUACUGCAAUCUGGAGGAGAUAAAACAAUUUGCAACGUUGCCCCCCAGUCCUCGGAGCCCCCCACUCCAGGUGCUUGAAGCCUGGGAACAGCACAUAGAUUCCAGCUCCCUACGCAGUUAUUUUUACAAGCCAGAUACUGGUGAGAAGUCAUGGAAACCACCACGGAGGAACCAAGACACGGCUGCCUGCAAAGCCCAUCUCUCCCUGGCACCUUGCGCCAAGCUGAAUGCUUGGGCUGCCCGCCAGGUGCCUGAGAAAUUCAUCCCAUAA